AUGGACGUUCAAGACGCCCAUCUAAACAUCGAGGAUCGUCGCCCUCCAACUGGAGUUCGGGGUCCUAAUGCUGUGCUCACCCCAUUUGGCUGGUGCGUUGUUGGAAAGACCUAUCCAUUACCGGCAGUGGAAGAUCCAAGCAUAAAUUUCGUUAAGCUGGGAACGAUCGAGCAGCUGGAAGAGUGCGUCGAAAGGUUUUGGAAAACCCAAUCUCUCCCAGUUCGUGAGGCCCCCAGUACAUUUAUGUCGUCGUCAGACCGUGUCGCAAUGGACCAACUCGAAUCGACCAUUCGGCACACUGGAACGCGUUACGAAGUAGGCUUUCCUGUUCGCCCGCAUUGCCCGAAGUUGCCGGACAACAAAGAGUUUGCACGUCGCAAGUUCUUCGCACUGGAGAGGAGACUUCUUUUAGACAACGACCUUCGCCAAGCAGUUACGGCGCAGAUGAAGGAGGUGUUUUGCAGCGGCCACGCAGUGAAAAUCACUUCUGCAGCUCCCGAUUCCAAGGUGUGGUUCCUUCCUUAUCAUCCGGUUCGACAUCCAACGAAGCCUAGCAAGAUUCGUCUCGUUUACGACGCUGCUGCCCUGUUUAAAGGAACCGCGAUCAACGACAUCCUGCUGAAAGGUCCAGAUCUCACCACGCAGUUAUUGGCCGUGCUGCUUCGGUUCCGUGAAAGGAGAAUUGGCGUUACUGCGGACAUUGCGAAAAUUUUUUAUCAAGUGCUGGUUCGUGAGUCAGAUUGCACGAUGUUUCGUUUUUUGUGGCGCGAGCCUGGAACCGAAGAUCCUAUCCAGGAAUUCCAGAUGACGGUGCACAUUUUCGGUGCUGUCUCAUCGUCAACGGUUUGCAGCUUUGCCCUUCAGCGCCUCGAAAAGGAUGCGCCCGAAUACCUGAAGGAAGUCGCGAGGCGUAUUCGUUCCAGCUUUUAUGUGGACAACCUGUUGUCGUCGUUCGACGAAGUGGAUGAAGGCGUUUCCAUCAGUCAGAAGCUGGUUGAACUACUCAAGCUCGUUGGUUUCGACCUCGUCCAGUUUCUGAGCUCUUCGCGUUCGUUGUUGGACCAACUUCUGUCUUCCUCUCGUCUGUUUCCCGAGCUCGGUCUAGAUUUCGACGAUUUGCCCACCGAGCGCACGUUGGGGUAUCUGUGGAGUUGUGAGCGAGACGAGUUCGUUUUUCGUUUUAAGAAGACAGAAGAGGCCUUUUCAAAACGCUCGAUUCUUUCUGCAAUUUCGAGCAUCUAUGAUCCCCUUGGUCUCCUAGCACCCGUCGUUUUGGUGGCGAAAAUCAUCUUCAGGACAUCUGGCAACUCAAAGGUGGCUGGAUGA